UGAAGACAAGUAUUCUGAACAGAGGAUUUUGAUCAAGAAACGCUUCGGCAUCCUGCCCACGCAGAGCAAGCCACAGGCCUACUAACUAGACCGCAUCCUCUCACACUUCAUUUGUACAUUUGUUUCCUUCUCAUCUUUAAUAUAAGCAAAAUGAUCCAAGCAGAGGGAAAAGCCUUCUAUUUUGAAACUGAAAUCCAGAGGAUGAUGUACGCAAGUGGGGACAGUCGCAGCCCAUUGCUUGAAACGGCCCAUUUGAUCGAGGAGGUUGUGCACAAGCAGAUGGUGCUUCUGCUGCAGAAGGCCCAGGAAGUUGCAGAAUUGAGAGAAGCCAAGUACAUCCGACCAGAGGACAUGCUCUUUCUGAUGCGAAAGGAUCGCUACAAGCUGCGCAGAGCCAUCAAGUUUUUGUGCUUCAGUGACACCAAAAGCAGCAUAUACACUGAUCUCGUCGGCAAUGUGGAGAAGAAGGUGGCAUCGUCAGGCAAGCGACGCAAUCUGUGCAAAGACUUUCUGCUCUCGAUGGACUUCACUGGCCAGUUGAUGGCCUGGGUGGACAAUGAUCUGGUCGUGGAUCACAUCAAGGAGGAGCGAUUGCGCCGGGCUGAUGAGAUGUCCAUUGCCAUGAGUGCAGACGAGUACAUCAACUUUUCACAUGCCAGAGGAGUGACCUUCACCCAGAGCAACAACAACAACACCCUCAAGCUCAGAGAGUGGAUCUUCAAUGAUGGCAACUUCCUUGGCGAUGCAUCUCAACCACAACUUCCGCUUGGUCAUGGAAUUCACAUGGAGCUGCUCGGCUACCUUGCCCACGAGACCUUGUGCCAGUUGGUGGACUUUGCUCUGCAAGUGAGGCGGGACUGCAACGCGUCCAUCACAAAUCCUAUGAACAGACUUCUGCCACCCUCACUUUACGUUCCAAUGACCAUCUUCAAACCUCAUGAUCCCAGAUAUGACGCUCCUUCCGGCAAAGUGGAGUUCGUCCAGCCUUUGACCCCUCACGACGUCAGAGAGGCCGUCCGUAGAUUCACAAAUCCUGUUACCCCCUUCAACAGAUUCUCGAGAGGAUUCAAAGUUCCUGUUGACCAAGUUCUCUUCUGCUGCUAGCUUUGUGCUUUUUCAUUUUAUUUUUCAAUAAUAAUAAAAAUUUCAUAGAAAGACGGAUU